AUGGGUAAAAUGAGGCGCAUAAUCGAGGAAGAGAAAGGAAAAGUGGGGAUGAUGAUGAAUGUUCAAGGGCAGGGUCGGCGUAAGGGUAUGGGAAUGGGAGUGAAGAAGUGGAUGGUGGUAUCGGAGAAAGGACAAUCACUGCUUGAGGAAGUUGAGAAACACUCCAUUAUGAGGCGAACUGGGUUGCCGGCGCGUGACCUUAGGGUUCUCGAUCCUAUGUUGUCUAAUCCCUCUUCCAUCCUAGGACGUGACAGAGCCAUUGUUGUCAACUUGGAACACAUCAAAGCCAUCAUCACUCCCAAGGAGAUCCUCAUGAUCAACUCCUCCAACCCUUUGUUUCUUCAUUUCCUUCAUGAUCUUCUUGCGCGUCUUCCUUCUUCCAACAAUGAAACGCCCCACCCGAUGAGCAAUGACACGGAUACUGAUUAUGAAGCAAAAUCUUUAUCGGAGGGGUCACCUACAUUGGCACAGGAUGUACCAGAAGCACCAGCUCCCAAGCAGUUACCUUUUGAGUUCAGAGCACUUGAGGCAUGUCUUGAAUCUGCUUGCAUGUGCCUUGAAUCUGAGGCUCGAACAUUGGAGGAAGAGGCUUACCCAGCUUUAGAUGAAUUGACCUCUAAAAUUAGCACACUCAAUCUUGAACGUGUAAGACAGAUCAAGAGUCGUUUGGUUGCACUUUCUGGCCGUGUGCAGAAGGUGGCAGAUCAACUCGAACAUUUGUUGGACGAUGAUAAUGACAUGGCUGAAAUGUACUUGACACAAAAGCUCGAUGCUCGCUUAUUGGAUCAGGCUGAGGCAUCAUCAAAACAAGCGUACAAUGUUGAAUUUGAAGAUCAUGACGACGAAAGGUGCAAACUAGGUAAAUCAAUUUCGGAAAAGUCAGACACAACUUCUGGUCCUGCUGACCUUGACGUUGAGGAAUUGGAGAUGCUUCUAGAAGCAUAUUUUGCACAGAUAAAUGGAAUCAUGCAAAAAUUGUCCAGUAUGAGUGAGUACGUGGAUGACACAGAGGACUACAUCAACAUAAUGUUGGAUGAUAAAAGAAAUCAGCUUCUACAGGUAGCAGUAGUAUUCGACACGCUAAACAUGAUAGUUAGUGCGGGAAUUGUGGUUGUAGGAUCGUUUGGCAUGAAUAUUCACAUAGAUCUCUUUGAUGGUCAAAAUAGUCAAUUUUGGGCUACAACUUGGGGUACAGUUGUAGGCUGUGUAGUUUUAUUCCUUGUCUCUGUUUGGUGGGGUAAGAAAAGAUAUUUGCUCCCUCGUUAA